AGUAAGCCACGUUAAGCGUUUUUCACGUUAAGCGUUUUAGAAUGUCCCCACUUGACUCGCUAUUGGGCAUUCAAAUGUGAUCCGAGUUUACAAGACGAAAUAAAUGUCUUGAUGAUGAUUAUAUCGUUUAUGUGACUAAUGUGCAGAAGACAUCCGUUUUUUUCUGAAAUCAAAGAAUCCACUGACCACCCUUACAGAAAGUUUAUUCAAGUGUGCUAACGUUACUUCUUUUACACUAAAAUAUGUUCAGUCUACUUUUAGCCUAUAGGUACUACUCCGAAAUAUUGCCUAAAAAAACAGUAUCCUUGACUUACGACAGUCUACGUAGCCUAUAUUUGGCCUACAGGCCUAACGUUAACGUACACAUUCUUUUGAUCGACAUGUACUUAAAAGUCAUUAAUCUAAGUGUGUAGACUAAUUAAACGUGUUGCGUUUAUAUUCUGGGCUCAUCUGAUUUUUUUUGUAGUAUAACCAACUUUAUUAUGAUUUUACUAUCAUGAUUAAUAAUGCACGCACAAUUAUCCGUGAACUUGAUAAAUGUUGCAGAUAUGUUUUACUAUGCACAAAAAUGCCUUUCAAUGUGCAAAAUUCAGAAUUAAAUGAAUGUGCAGCAAUUUGCACAAAUAGCGAGGCUGUAGGCCUAAUAAGCGCAUUUAGUUUCAUAUUUGUUCAAAUAUUAUAAUGUUUUUUAUCGGGAGACAUGAAGUGGGUCAGACAUGAUUUUGACUCAUUAGCCUACGUUGUGUUUUGUAAAGCCUUUCUUUAAAGUGAAUUUCGUUUUAUAUUAAUUGUAUCAUAAUUUUUUUUUUUUAUUAUUCAUCAACCAAUCGCCUGGAUUUAAUAAAUAAAAAGCAAAUAUAGCAGACAAUAUAAUCAUGACAUGGAGGCGCCGGCGCGGUCACUUGCAUUGCAGUGAACUUGAGCGCAUCUCAUCAUAAAUUAACCGAAAUAUGCCUCACAGGCAUGAGAAAUAUAUAUAGCCUAUAGAAAGCUUGAAAUUAAAUCUUUAAACUAAACGAAACAAUUCCAAACGAAAGAAUCAUUUUAGUUUUGCAGAACAGCGCCAUAUUCGUCAAAUUUUUUUAUUGAUUCGCACUAGCUCAUCUCGACAGAACAGACUGAGCUAUAACGUCAUGCCACUUCAGCUGCAUACUGGUAUCCAAAAUCCUAAUCGCAAUUUAACAUAAUUCUGUUUUCUUUGCAGCUUGUUAUUUGAUCUUGCUGAGGACUGUUCCACCUGUGUGAAGAUGUUCCAUGUAGUUGAAUUUUUCACCAAUAAAACUGUAGCAGUGGUGCCCCAAAGCUGGUAUGAGGAUGGUUGUGCAUCGUGGCCAACUUAUAACAGUGAUGAAAGAAUUAAUAGGGCAGUUAAACAUGAAGAGGAGCCACAGGAUGACUGGCAGACACAUGAUGUCAGAAUCAUCAAAUCAUCUGAUACUUACAUGGAGGCACGUCAAAUCCUGAAGAAGGCUCUGACAUGUAGCACCUCGGACCUCCAAACUGAGGAUGAACAGGAACGACCUGGGAGAAGGAGAACAACAGCGAAACAUUUCUUUGGUGACACUGAUGAAGAGGAGGACUACCGACCCCCAAAGAGGUCCAAAUCCGGGUCAGCUGGUGGGACAAGUCACCAACUCCCUGAAAAUAGUCCAGAGAAUAGUCAAAUGUUUGGCAGAACUGCCCCUCCCCAACCACUACCACCACAAAGACCCCUCUCUCAACCUGCACAAUGCAACCAGCAACAACGGGGGCCAGAGGAGCCAAGCCAGGUCUACAGACCUACCUGGAGAGGUGGGAGACAUGGCCCAGAAAACAUUCCCUGCUCUGCUGCUCAGGUCCACAUUUUAAGCCUGCUGGAGCACAUUAAGCAGCAGCAGGACCAGCUGGUGGCCAAGGUCAAUUACCUGACCAGCAGGGUGCUCAACACCUCAACACCUCAAGAGCCAGAGUGUCCUGAAUGCAUUCAGCUGCCCAUCGAAUCACCGGAAGCGGUGGAUGAGCUUGAAGCAUUCCUGAAAGACGCUGCCAAUGCAGCAGCCAAACAAAGAAUGAUUUCUUCUUUGGCCACGAUUGGUGGCCAAGAUGUGAAGAGAGUGGCGUGGAACAUCCUCUCUCGGAUGUUCACAGAAGAAGUGGCCAAGACCAUAAGCUGGAAGGGGGCAAACGGCAAGAGGGCAUUCAGUCACAUGUCGUCAAAGACACUGAUGUACCGUAAGUCACUUUAA